GGGCGACAGCAUCAGAGCAAAGAAAGGUUGCCUCCCCCUGCCUUGGAUUUGAUAGCCGCUAGCUGAUUAAGCUUAUUACGCUCUGUCCUACCAGCAGCUAGCACAUAAAAAUAUCUCCAAGAAAGAGCGGAAAUCGCAGCAGCAGCAGCAGCAGCACCAUCGUGCUCAGCUUAGUAGCAGUAGCACUGCUAUCUCUUUCAGGCUUUCAGCUAAGCGGGAGAGCUCGCUCGCUAGCUGAGGGAGUGCCGCGCGCCAUUAAUGGCGGAGGCGGAAGGGCAGCUCGCGGCCUGCUGGGGGAAGCAGGACGACGAGUGGAGGAAAGGCCCGUGGACAACCCAGGAGGACAAGCUGCUCCUCGACCAUGUCGCCCAGCACGGCGAAGGGAGGUGGAACUCCGUCUCCAAGCUCACAGGUCUGAAGAGAAGUGGCAAGAGUUGCAGGCUGCGGUGGGUUAACUACCUCAGACCUGAUCUAAAGAGAGGCAAGAUGACACCCCAAGAGGAGAGCACCAUAGUCCAGCUCCACUCCUUGUGGGGGAACAGGUGGUCGACGAUUGCGCGCAGCCUGCCGGGGAGGACGGACAACGAGAUCAAGAACUACUGGAGGACGCACUACAAGAAGGGCAAGCCGUCCAAGAACAUCGAGCGCGCCAGGGCGCGGUUCCUGAUGCAGCGGCGGGAGAUGCAGCAGCAGCAGCAACAGAAGCUGCUUCUUGGGCAGGGCAAGGACGUCGAGCUCCCCGGCGCCACCGUCUCGGACGACGUCGACGAGAAAAUGGACGGCGCCGUAGGCCCGGCGGCGACGGCGCUGGCUGACCACGGCCACGAGGAGCUGAUCAUGCAGGACGUGCUGGACUUCCUGUGCCCCAUGUCCUGCGCCCUCCUCCACAGCGCCGGGCAGAGCGGCAGCUGCGGCGCCUCCACGAGCGAGGAGUACGGCUCGACCGAGGAUGACGGCGCCACGUGGGGAAGCCUGUGGAACCUCGAAGAUGUGGCCCAUGACGGCGACGGUGGGGCAUGCGCGCUGUGGUAGCUGGAUGAUUCCCACCGUUAGCCCUCGCGGCGAGAGCAAAAGGAGACCCCAUUAAGAAGUUGCAUGCUCCCUUCUGAUAGCGAACGGAGGGAUGCGAGAGUACAUGGUGCUGAAGUGAUGGAUAAUGAUGCGGCAACAACAACAACUAUCGUACGCCCACUUUGCAGGAGCCUCAGUUGGUGACACGUUGAAAGCUCUGUUGCACUUUCUCGAGGGGAAACUGAAGAUGUGUUUUCCCUGGUUGGCACUGACGAAGCUCUCUUCCUGCCCAGUGCCUACUCAAACAUCAGGGACAAGGGUGUGUUGAAAUUGGUUUCUGUGUUAAUAUUAACUGUCUGAAUAUAACAUUAUCUCUGGGUAUUACGUCGGAUUAUGAUAAUUCUGUUUGUCUAA